CGCCGUACGCCCAAGCACUUACCACUUUAGGAAAAUAAUCUUCCAGCGAGACCUUAAACACCAUCAAACAUUAAGUGGCUUGCCAGUAGACAUGAGCACUCCAUUCAUCGUUCAAGCAGCAAAGAGGCACACGGCCACUGUUAUCUUCGUGCAUGGUCUUGGCGAUUCAGGGUACGGAUUGUCGCAUGUCGCACAGAUGUUGCGGAAAGAUCCUCAGUUACAGCAUGUCAAGUGGAUUUUGCCGCAUGCUCCAACGAGGGCCAUCACCGCCAAUGGUGGCUACCGGAUGCGAGGCUGGUUUGACAUAUACAGCUUUACUUUCAAGGAAUCAGAAACAGAAGAUCGUGACGGGAUGCUCGAAUCUGUAAAAACACUGGAAGCUCUCAUACAGGAAGAGAUCAAAGCAGGGGUGGACGCAAGUCGGAUUGUGUUGGGAGGAUUCAGUCAGGGUGGCGCCAUGUCACUCUUGACGGGCCUGACUUCGCCAGUUAAGCUGGGAGGCUUGGUAACUCUCAGUGGAUGGCUACCUAUCCGGAAUGAGGUCGAAGAGAAGCUCGCUUUGCAUACACCUUCGCUGCCGAUCUUCAUGGGGCAUGGCGUUGAGGACCCCAUCGUGCCUGUCAGCAUUGCAGAGCUGUCUGCUCGGUAUCUCUCAGAAAAGUUUGGAGUUGCCUCGCAGGAAAAUAUCGGAGAACCCGGAUUGAAGUUCAAAGAAUACCCUGGACUUGAGCAUUCAACAUCAGAGGAGGAGUUGGAAGACGUUGCAGCGUUCCUUAGACAUGUCGUUCCAGAGUCACAGUAGGAUGGCGCGCGCCUGUCGCAUAGCCGUCGUUAAGUAUGUAUUUGACGAUUGAUGUCUAAUCCAUCGUGCGCAUGAUAUAUUCCGG